AUGAACCCUCGCAGUCGAUUGGGUAGCACGAUCAGUACACUGGCAAAUGGGUGGAGGAAGUUAGUUACUCCAUCCACGAAACAACAGAAAGAACUCACAGCGAAGCGCUUUGCUGUUAUGGUUAUGGGAGGGCUGCUGCAAGAAAAACAUAGAAAUCAGCUUUUGGAAGGUGAUCCCGCUUGCAGAGCCAAAUGGUGGUACUCAACUUUCCACACUGUCACAGCCAUGAUAGGUGUAGUUGUUCUGAGUCUUCCCUCUGCCAAGGCUUACUUAGGCUGGGGUCCAGGAACAAUGGUUCUGGUGUUAUCUUGGUGCUUGACCCUGAACACAAUGUGGCAAAUGAUACAGCUGCACGAAUGUGUUCCUGGGACUCGCAUUGAUCGCUACAUCGACCUUGGUAGACAUGCUUUUGGGCCAAAACUGGGGCCAUGGAUUGUACUGCCUCAGCAGUUGAUUGUUCAAGUUGGGUUUGAUAUUGUGUACAUGGUCACUGGAGGGAAGUGUCUAAAGAAGUUCAUGGAGAUGGCCUGCGCCACUUGCACACCAAUCAGGCAAUCUUACUUAAUAUUUGGUUGUAUUAACUUCUUCCUGUCUCAGCUUCCCAAUUUCAAUUCUGUGGCUGGUGUUUCAUUUGCAGCAGUAAUCAUGUCCCUCAGGUACUCAUUCUUGACCUACAAGAACUGUAUUAGUGUCUCUGCCCACAAUGUGAAAACAUGA